GAAGGAGGAGGAAGGAGAAGAAGAGAGAAGGAGAAGUAGAUGCUUUUGUAGGCAGAAUAAUAAUAAUAAUAACAGAGGCUUGUUUCUAGUUGCUGCACUCUCAUCCAAAAUUCUCCAUUAUCAUUUCAUCAAACACAUGAAGCUCAAGACCCGCUCCUGAUUCAUUCCCAUCACUUUCACUAUGUUGGAUCUUAACCUCUCCGUCUCCUCUCUCCAUAACCACCACCACGACCUUCUAGAACUUUCUUCCACCCACAUAGAUGCUUCUACAAGCUUCAAUUCCUCCUCCAACACCGCCGCUGACCACUACUCCUGCUCUAACGCCCAACCUUUCUCAUACGCUUUCAGCAUUUUAAACCACGACCAUGUCAAAUCGCUCCAUGACGAUGAUGAUCACGUUGAGGACCCUACCAUCCAGCUUUUUCCCCCGCUCGACGGCCACUCUUCCGCUUCCAUCACUCCUCAGUUGUUGGAUCUCGACUGCAGGGAGAUGGUGCCUCAGGUGCAGCAGAGGCCGCAUGUCAAGAAGAGCAGGCGUGGGCCCAGGUCUAGAAGCUCGCAGUAUAGGGGGGUCACGUUUUACCGGAGAACUGGGAGAUGGGAAUCUCAUAUUUGGGAUUGCGGAAAACAAGUGUACUUGGGGGGAUUUGAUACUGCACAUGCUGCAGCUAGGGCAUAUGAUCGAGCAGCGAUCAAGUUUCGCGGGAUUGAUGCUGAUAUCAACUUUAAUGUGAGUGACUAUGAAGAGGACAUCAAGCAGAUGAGUAAUUUUACAAAAGAAGAAUUUGUGCAUAUCUUGCGUCGCCAGAGCACUGGAUUCUCAAGAGGAACCUCAAAAUAUAGAGGAGUAACUCUGCAUAAAUGUGGGCGAUGGGAAGCUCGUAUGGGCCAGUUUCUUGGCAAGAAGUAUAUAUACCUUGGCCUAUUCGACAGUGAGAUUGAAGCUGCAAGGGCUUAUGACAAGGCUGCCAUAAAGUGCAAUGGAAGGGAAGCAGUCACCAACUUUGAACCCAGCACAUAUGAAGGCGAAGUAAUUGUUGACGCCAACAAUGGAGAUGGCAACCAAAGUCUUGACCUAAACCUGGGAAUUGCUCCCCCUGAUAUAUCUGAUGGCCAAAAGUUAAACAGAGACACGGAUGGUUUCCAUUUUCGUAGUAGCUGGUGUGACAGGUCCAUUGACGGGAGACCAAUGAUUCUAAACUCUGCUUCUGCAAAAUGGAAGGAUGAACAGCCACAUGACCCUGCAAUGGCAUCUCAUCCCCCUCCUAUAUGGGGUGGGUUAGAUUCCAAUUUCUUUCCCCUCUAUAAGGAAAGAGCAAUGGAGAAGUGGGUGGAAGUAGAUUCAGUGCCAAAUUGGAUGUGGCAAAACCAACUGGCAAAUCCACCGUCUCUCUUCUCCGCUGCAGCAUCAUCAGGAUUCGUAUCUUCAACAAUUACUGCACCUACAGCAACUGCUGGUCAACUUCACUUUCCAAAUUCAACAUUUCUUUACCACCAAAUUUCUCCUUCUGUCACCAACCCCAGCAACAUCUCCCAUUUCUACAACUGUAGGAGCUGAAAGAGCCAACAUAUCCACAGUCCAACCAACAUAUCCACAGCCCAAUAACCUUUUUCUUCGGUAGAGAAAAGAGAAGAUGGAUGUGUAGACAUUGAAAACGCCAAGCAUGGUAACCAAAUUCAUAAACAGCAAUGUUCAGCUUUUAUCUUUCCUGUAAAGCUCAUCAAACUAGAUAAAUGAGGUCUUGAUGGUCAGAGUAAUUCAUGAAAGUUUUUGCUCAAGGAUAUGUAACCCUCUUGUCUAGCUGUGCUGUACUUUUAUUUGUAUGUAGUACUAUUGGCAUCCAUCUUAAGCUUUGCAUGCCGGACCAAAGCUUAUAAAGUCAGGCAGCUUGUGAAUUCUCUCUGGGUUUACCAGACAGAAAACUGAGUGAAAAAAUUUGUUUGUCCAAGGCUUCAGGGGAAUGCUUUUGUCCUUA